AUGGAUUUCUCUCUUUCAUACGAUUGGAGCAUGUAUGCACCCACCACUACUACUUCUGCACCGCCGUCUGUGCACUAUCCUUCCUUCUCAGCUUCCUCCGAUCUGUCAUCAUCAUCCGCCAUGAUUUAUCCAAUUAUCAACCCUCCAGUCGUUCAAUCUCAACAAGCUCCUACCCAAAAGAAAGACAUGGCAAAGAAACCCAAACGUAAACAAGUGAAGAAUGCAUGCAUUAAUUGCCAAAAAGCAUGCAAAAAGUGUGAUGAUGGACGUGCUUGCCAACGCUGUAUCAAACUUGGAUUGACAGCUACAUGUGUUGAUUCACCUCGCAAGGAACGUCGCAAGGGUGUUAAGCGUGGACCUUACAAAAAACGCCAACCUCGUGCCCAACAACAGCAGCUCGCACAGCAAAUGGAGCAACAGCAACAGCAACAAUGUGAGCAAACCUUUCAGCAGCCUAGUGCUUUUGACUGGUUUGAUCCUGCAUUGGGAUGUUGGCCCAUUCAGCAAGAACAGCCUAUUUGGGAUAAUCAAUUUUCUGCUUUGGACUUGUUUGCAGUGGAUAGCAUCCCACAACAACAGCCCAUGCUCCCCAUGGAAGAUGACCUUUCUGCCGGCAGUAGCCCUUCCAAUACAACAUUGAGCUCACCCACUACACCUCCUUCGGCACAUUCACUCUUGCCUGCCCAACAACGUAUUGCUAUGCUUCAAUCUCAACAACAGCAAAUGUUCCAGCAACAAACGUUGAUGCUUGAGCAAUUUCAACAAAAGCAACAGCAACCAAUCCCUUUGCAGCAGCAACAACAAACAAUGCCAGAACUGGCUUCGACAUGGAUGUUUGAAUCUACCCAAUACUACCUUUGA